CUUGAAGUCUUUAGGAACAAACAACUAGUGGCUGACGUACCAUUUACCAACCUAGACAGCCAAUGAAUCUCCGAUCAAAAAAUGAAAGGUGGAAUGACCGCUUUUGCGAAGAUAAAAUUUACCAAAGGAGAGUCGAAAUUAUUGUCAAACGUCACCAAAAUUCAAGAGACAGAUAAGCACUCAGAAAUUGUUCUUUUAGCUCACAUUGCCGAGAAUGGGAGUGAUACAAUGUUUAUGGCUCAUAUUCCGCAAAUGGAAAUCUUUGGUGGACACCUACAAUUUCACGAAAUUACCCUGAUGUACCAGCCAUCAAAGGGGAAGACUUUGACUUUGAAAGGAAGGAUGCGGUUGACAUUAACUGAAGAUUCCAAGCCGAUCACAUUCAGUGGAGGAUUGGAGAUCUCAGAGUCAAAGGCCGAUUUUAUUAUGGAAGCUGAAUUUGAUCCAGACACCAUACACGAGCCACUAGGAAUGUUUGGAAUUUCAAUUGAGGAUCCAGAACUUCAUCUUAGCUGGAAAUUUGAUCAAGAUGAACAGGAUUCGAUUGUUCCUGAUUGUAGCAUAAGUGGCACAGUCAAAUUCUUUAAGUCCGGUUCGCCAAGUGAGGACAAACCUAUUGCAGCGCUGACGGGAUUCAUCUUUCUCCAAGAGGGCAAACCAGUUGUAGCAAUGGUGUCGCUCGAUCUCAGCCAACCCCUGAGUAUUGAUGACCUUUUUGCCGCCUUGUUCAAAGGAAAAUGGCCACCAGGAUAUCUGGACAUAAGCUUUAAGAAGGGAGAAAUUUAUUGUGCAAAAUGCAACAUCGAGAUGAAUGGAAAGACCUUCAAGGAAGGUUUCAAAGGUGAGACUGAAAUAGAGGUCUUUGACUGUGCUUUUGGAGUGGAAUUGUCAAUAGACAGAAGAGGUAUGCGCAUCAAGGGAUUUACCAAGUUUGAAAUUGAUCUGGCUGUUGCAACACUUACUGGGAAGAACUUUGAAGAUGACGAGGGUCCAGAAAUCGAGAUAUCUCGUUACGAAGGUCAAACUAAGUUCCAUUUGCAAACUGGCGUUAAACUCCUUCAAGAAAAACUUGGUUCAUGUACAUUGGGUUAUGAUGUAAACCAGAAGUGCUUUGUAGGGAAAGUAACCUACAGUGGCGAACUCAUCGGAGUUUCCCGUCCCUGUGUUGAGUUUGAAUGGAGUCGGAAAGGUGGAUUCAUGAUUCGAAAUUGGCCUGUCAUUCUUGAACUACAGAAACUCAUUGAUUUCGCGAAGGAGUUUGAGAAGCUAAGCCAACUCAUCGAUAGCCCGUGCGAGAAGCUUGUUGGACUGGCCUUUGACAAGGUCAUCACGACGAAGUGCAGGCUAAAUGUGCAGCAAAUGUCGGUCAAAGAUCCCAAAGCCUGGUUUGCGUUAAGGUUGCAAGGGAAGCUUGAUAUUAUGAUUGCCACUGACAAGCCUUCUCUUACCACUGAUUUCCCAGAGAUGGUGGUAACGAUUACGAAGCCUUCUCGAGAAUUCCGGUUGAGCGACUUACCUGGGUUUUUAAUCCAAGAGGUUGCAAAAAAAUCUUUAAAUAUUGCAGAUCAAGUCUUUUCUCAGCGGAAACAGUUAACCAAGUUUAUGGCAGCCUUUGGUGGGAUUAAGCUCUCACGUAAAGUCCUCUCAGGUCUUAUAUGUCGUGGAGCACACAGUCCCAAUCUAACAGACCUAGCUGAGAAGACGCUCGAAACCAUGGCGGAAGAGGUAUCAAAUGCCGAGAAGGUCUUGGAGACUGCUUCUAGGACGCUUGCCUCAGUGGCUGAGGGAGGCGCAUCUCUGGCAGAACUCGCUAUCAGCGCUGCAUCCGUCAUAGCUCAAGUUUCUGUCGUGGUUGCAUGAUUGGGGGCUUUUAUUUCCUUCAUCA